AUGGCUACCCUAACGGAGACUCUGAGGUUGGAACCAGUCGCGACAGGGAUCGUGGACUCGCAGAGCACCUCCCGCUUAAGCCACAGCGAUAAUGAAAGUCCCAGAGACUGGGGCGGCAACAACGCCAGAUCAGUCUCUCGACUGCGAAAGGCGGCUGUCACAUUCCAGCUCGCUGGCGUCAACUUUGCCUCGAGCGCCACGAACGGACUCGUCGUCGUCGCAUUACCACGAAUGACGGCCGACCUCCAACUGCCCGAGUCGCUCGCGUUCUGGCCAUCGUCAGUCCCCGGAUUGGCCACUGCAUCAGCACUUCUACUUGCCGGUGCCUUUGCCGACGUCGUCGGACCCAAGUCCAUGGAGCUCGUCGGAUGCGUCGCCAGCGGCGCCAUGAUCAUUGGCUGCGGUUUCACUCGACGAGGCGAAGAGCUGGUCGCGCUGCGGGCGCUGCAAGGCGUCGCCAUGGCGUUGCACCUGUCAAGCUCUGUGGCUCUCAUCACGAGCAUCAUGCCGCGCGGCAAAGGGCGAAACUUGAGCUUCGCGUGUGUCGGUCUGAGCCAGCCGCUCGGCUUCUCGGUUGGCUUGGUGAUGGGAGGCGUCUUGGUCGAUACGAUCGGCUGGCGCGCGGGUUGGUAUCUCUACGGAGGCAUCAAUCUGCUGCUGUCCGUUGUCGGCGCCUGGGCGUUGCCGGCGUCGAAAGCUCUCGGCACACUAAAGACUGCCAUGCGGGACAUGAGGACAAAGGUCGACGGGGUGGGGGCACUGCUAGCCUCUGCCUUUAUGACGCUGAUAUCGUACUUUUUGGCGAUCAUCAGCACCGACGUAUACAAGAUUAAGGAGCCUACAAGUAUCGUGCUUCUCUGCUUGGGUGUUUUGGCGCUUCCCCUCUUCAUCGGCUGGAUGCAUCGCCAAAAUCGAGCCGGAAAACCUGCGCUCAUACCCAACUCCUUCUGGACCAACUCGAGCUUUGCGACAAUCUGCGCCACCAUCGCCUUGUCCUUUGCAGUACUGAACUCCUUAGAAUUGUUUGCGAGUCUCUACUUCCAAGAGAUUCAGCGGUUCUCAGCGUUGCAAGCCGCGCUACGUAUCGUACCAUCCGUCGUGGUCGGGAUAGCACUCAACUUCACUACCGGGCUCGUCGUGCACAAAAUCCCGGCUGUGUGGCUCACUGUCAUCACUUCUCUCCUCACCGCGGGCUCUCCCCUGCUCAUGGCCUUGAUCCAGCCCCAGUCGACGUACUGGACCGGCGCCUUCUUCGCCCAAAUUCUCAUGCCAUUUUCUGUCGACGUGCUGUUCACAGUCGGCCUCAUCAUUGUAACCGACACUUUCCCGGACGACAAGCAAGCAAUCGCCGGGGCGGUGUUCAACACGGCAUCGCAGUUUGGGAACUCACUUGGGUUGGCUGUCAUGCAGGUCGUUUCGACCCUCGUGGCCAAGAACCACGCUGGAAUGACGCCCCCAGGGCCCAUUCUAGAAGGUUACAGAGCAGGAUUCUGGACCAUGCUGGCAUUGAUGAUUGGCUGCGCGGCCAUUGGCGGUAUUGGGCUUCGCAAGACCGGAAAGAUCGGACUGAAGCAGGAGUGA